CUCUUUGUCAUAUUUGAAUUUACAGUUUUGCAUGUCAGUGAAGCCAUGAAACUGCCAUUGCGCUUUGAAUCUGUUGAUUAGAACUUACUUAGGCUCUUAAAUUUUUUUCUGAUGAUAUUCUUUUUUUUUCUUCCUUGUGUGCUUAGCCUGUAAAUUUGAAUUGUUUUAUUUCUGUCUGAUAUUUGGUCAUUUUUCGUGUUUGCAGACAAUGUUGGAGUUCUUGUAAACCCAUAGGGAGAAAUGAAAGUUACAAGUUAACAAAAUGCAUUGUGUUAGAUUCGUUUUUCAUGUAAAGCAUGAUCUAUGUUCUAUUUUGUUUGUUUCCUGUGUAAGUGUACGAGAACUUACUUGGACAAGAUGCAAAGAGGCGUUUCUUAAUGUGUGUUUAUGUGGUUUUGGAAAUGUUGUGUGCAGGUAAAAUGGCACCCACAGUGCCUAAGAGUGGGCUGUUUGCUGGUUUAAACAAAGGUCAUAUUGUCACUACUAGAGAACUUGCUACUCGCCCUUCCGCCAGAAAAGGGAAGACCAGCAAGAGAGUUCUUUUUGUUAGGAGUUUGACUAGGGAACUUGCUAAAUUUCCUCCUUAUGAGAAGAGAAUUACUGAGCUUCUUAAAGUUGGAAAGGACAAGCGUGCUCUUAAGGUGGCUAAGCGAAAGUUGGGUACCCACAAGAUGAGGCACUGCAGUUAUUCAAAGAAAUAAUAAUCAAAAGCAUUGCGAGAUAACUGAGACGAAUUGUCCUUCUGUAGACUUGGUUGAGGCGUUUAUCAAGAUAAUAGAGGAGAAGGCUAACAAAAUAUAAGUUUUAUCUUCUACUCAUUGAUACUUUUGCAUUACAAGAUUAUGUUUGUUAGUCCAGCUUUCUAUUGUACUUUGGAUUACAAGGUGGUGAUUCUGGAGGAGGCUUUGAUAGGUCUGAGUAUGGUUAUGAACUUCCACCAUUUCCUGAUGAACCUGUUCCUAAUUAUAACCUUCACAACGAUAGUACUAGUCAGGUGUAUGGCUGCAUAAUACAGUAACAAGGAAGAGAUCGAGUAUGUUAAUAAUUUUCUUGGCCUAGCUAUUUCGCAACCAUCUUCGUAAAGAAGUUUAAAAACUAGUGUAGAUUUAUUUUGAUUUCACCAAUAUAAUUAUUUGUUUAUAUAUUUGAUUCUGAGCAUCCUGUUUAUUUUAUUCUUCAUCAUUCUGAGCAAUGCCACAUGGUGUAUGUGCACUGUCUAAUUUAUUUGGAAUUUCAAUGGGAUGAGCAUUUUACAAAUAUAUAUCAUGGAUGAUGAGUGCCUCAUGGGCAUGGUUAUGAUUUCUCACUAAUGGAAAGCAUUCUU